AUAUACAGGAUAUCGUGGUAUAUUCUAGUUCGUUGACUAUAGUCCUCUUCGCAUAGAGCGUACACUUGUUUGUUUAUAGCUUUGUUCUCUGCCAGUGCUGGCAGUCACGUGAUAGUAUUUCCCCCCCAAAUUACUGCAAACUGUUGGUACACCUUAGAGACUUUGAAUUUGGUAUGUUGGUGUCACUGAUUAGAAUCAUUAACAACUGAAGGUUGAAGUGCCAUGCAGGUGCCAUGCUGCUGGGUAAAAACAUUGCUGUGAUAAUGCCAUGUUGUAUAUGCGGAUGCUGAAAAUAUCGGAUAAUGCAAUGGAUGGACUUAUCAGGAUCGUAGUUGACGAACUUGCCUUGAUAUAGUGUAGAUUAGUUAUAGGCGGAGAGGAUAACUUCUGAAAUUAUUAGAAUUUGCAUUGCCCCCUGGCUAUAGGUUAAGUGUAUGUUGGUGAACAUACAUUACAUUGAGUGGUCUAAAUUGGUGGUGUCUCGAGUAAUCGGCGCCGGAGAAAUAGUAUAACGAGCUGUUGGAGCAUGGUGCGAAGUCUUUGGCGUAGAUGAAGCAGUUUACUUCUGGAUUAUCUAUGUGAAAAGUGCUUAUGAGUAACGCAGGUUUUGCCUAGGAUGCCCAUAAAUGAGAGGAAGAGAAAAUUCAAUUUUUGUUGCCUAGUUUUUAAGUUGUCAUUUGCUUGAAAACAGAUUUAAAGUGAUUUCAUUACGUAAUCUUUCGAAUGAACAAUGGGAAAACAUAAGAAAGGGUUUAAUUGGAAAUCAAGGCAGGUAGUUGAGACAACAAUAGAUGAUUCUAAAUCAAAAAAGCUUGUUGUUGACAUUCAAGGAUUACGAUCUGAUACAUAUGAUGACUGCAAUGCAUUAGUUAUUCCAUCUGAGAAACGAAAAACCAAGAAGAAAGUACAGAAUGAUGUUCCACAGAAAAUAUUGUCCAAAAAACAGAGAAAAAGAUUACAACAAAUAGUUGACAGGAAAAACAAAAAGGAAACUCGAGCUUCUCUGCUUAAUGCUCUUGCGGAAGUGCAAGCACCUCCUGAAGUUCUGAAGAAGUUGGUUUCAAUAACCAAGUACCAAACCAAAGGACUUAAACGAAUUCACGAGGAAGAAAUUUGCACUGCUGAAGAAAAUACUUCUGGAGAAAAUGUCAUGACUAACAAAUUAGUUGGACACCGUAAACGAAGAAUGCUGCUUAAUGAGGAUACUAAUGAACAAGCUACUAAAGACCCUAAUAUUGUGGGUUUUGAGUCUUCAUCCAGCAGUGAUGAUGAAACUAGUGAAGAAGAGGAAGAAGAAAAGGAUGGUAAUGAAGAAAAUCAUUUGGUUUGUGAGGAUCAUAUGAGAAACACUGAAAUGGGUACCGGAAAAUCUAAGGAGAAUGCCCUGGAAGAAAAGUGUGGCUGUGAAAGUGAAAUAAGCCAUACAGUUGAAAGGGAAGUGAUUGCAGUUGACAAAAAUUCUGAGCAGCUACCUCAAGUUGCAAUAGGAGGACCAAAAAUCACAGCCCCAAAUGUACCAGCUGUGUUUGUGCCAGUGAACAGACCACCUGGUGUACAAGAAGCUCGAAUGAAAUUGCCUGUUCUAGCAGAGGAACAGGCCAUCAUGGAAGCGAUUAACGAAAAUGAUGUUGUGGUAUUAGCAGGUGAAACAGGAUCUGGAAAAACAACUCAAAUGUCCUUUUGUAUUAAUCGUAAUAAUUUCCUCCUAGGUCAGCAAGAAGUUCGAGCAUUGGUGAGAAAUCUUCGUAAGGCAUUCCCCUAUAGACGUAUGGAAAUCGGGUCAGAAAAGGAGGAAUCCAAUUCUGUAAAAUUAGAGGAAAGUGAGAGUGAGGAUGAUUUUCCACACAAAAAAAAUCCAAAAGUGAAGAAAUCAAAUGAAAUUCAUUUACCUAUUAUUGAUCUUGAUGAAUAUCCUGUUGUGAGUUCUGGAGAUGUGGACGAAGAUGAACUUGCCCUCAGUGAUGAUAAUGAAGAUAUGGAAGAAGAAAUAGAUGAUCCAAAAGCAACUCGGGCUCCCAUGUGGGUAUUGCCUCUUUAUUCGUUGCUUCCUGGCCACAAACAAGCAAAGGUGUUCGAGCCACCGCCUCCAGGAAGUAGAUUGUGUGUGGUUGCCACAAAUGUUGCUGAAACUUCUCUGACCAUUCCAAGUGUACGUUAUGUUGUGGAUUGUGGCAAAGAAAAGAGGCGUCGUUAUGACAAAACUACUGGAGUGUCAGCAUUUAUGGUUACAUGGACUAGCAAAGCCUCUGCCAAUCAGAGAGCAGGCCGUGCAGGUCGAACAGGCCCAGGUCACUGCUAUAGGCUUUAUUCAUCAGCAAUGUUCAAUGAUCAAUUCGAAGAAUAUUCGAUACCAGAAAUGCAAAGAAAGCCUGUAGAUGAUUUGGUGCUGCAAAUGAAGUCGAUGGGCAUCCAUAGAGUGAUUAACUUCCCAUUUCCUUCACCUCCUGGACAGGAGCAACUGCAAGCAUCUGAGAGGAGGCUCAUUCUUUUAGGGGCCCUGCAGCGAAGAGAGGGGAGCAGUGAAGAUGACUGGACUGCACGAAUUACAUCUCUUGGACAAUCUAUGGCUACAUUUCCUGUAGCGCCCCGUUUUGCCAAAAUGCUUGCUCUGAGUCAUCAACAAGAUUUAUUGGCUUAUACAAUAUGUAUGGUGGCAGCUCUGGCUGUGCCUGAAGUUCUUAUAGACACAGCUGGAAAUAAAGAAACUGCUGCAUUCAGAAGAAUGUGGGCUGGUACAGGCAACUCCCUUUUAUUGGGAGAUCCUAUGGUGUUGAUGCGUGCAGUGGGUGCUGCUGAACAUGCUGGCACUACUGGGGGCCUGGCAAGCUUUUGCGAAAAGCAUGCUUUGAGGCUCAAGGCAGUGGUGGAAGUAAGGAAACUCCGCCUCCAGCUGACUGCUGAAAUUAAUUCAGCAAUUCCAGACCUUGACCUGGUGGUGGACCCUCAGAUGCCUCCGCCAUCUGAUGAGCAGGCCAGAUUACUGCGACAGUUGUUGCUUGCAGGCCUAGGGGACCAAGUGGCACGUCGCGUUGAUCCUGAAACAAUAAAAGAUGAGGAAGAUAAAAUGAAGUGGAAGCAUGCAUAUAGGUGUGGAGAAUUGGAAGAACCAGUCCGCAUUCAUUCAACUUCUGUGCUCCGAAGGGAGUAUCCUGAGUGGGUGAUUUACCAAGAAGUAUAUGAAGUAGAAGGUCAGCGCUUAUUUAUGCGAGGAGUCACUGCCAUUGAGCCUGAGUGGCUGCCCUCUUUGGCUCCUGCUUUGUGUCACCUUUCCUUGCCUUUACCUGAGUACACUCCAACUUAUGAUUCCUCAACAGAUAGCAUACAAUGCCACAUCACUGGCACUUAUGGUCGAGCUGCGUGGAAUUUACCUAUUGUUCAAAUUGAAUAUCCAUCUGGCUUAGAACGAUACAAAUGGUUUGCUGUCUUCUUCCUUAAUGGAUCAGUAUGCCCCAAACUUGCAAGCUACACAUCAGAACUUCUCUCUACUCCAGCCAGUAUAACUAAAGUUUGGGCUAACCUGCAACCGCGAACAGAAAUUUUUCUAAAAACUUUGAUGGCGUAUCAAGUUGACACAAAAGCAAAGUUACUCGAACAGUGGAAGCAGGAUGCAACAUAUUUAUUAGAACCAUAUAAGAAAUGGUUGCCUGAAUCAGCACACAAUGAUGUGAUUAACAUUUGGCCACCAUUGUAAUAACUUACAUCUCAAGGAAGAAAUUCUCGAUGUGUAAAUUAUAUUAGGUUAUAAAAUGGCAAAUCAUACAAAGAAACCUCCAACAUCUCAGGGUUUCUAAACAUAUUCUUGGAAUUUUCAAGCUUGCAUAUAUGAACAUCAGACAAGCAUAAAUGUACUUGCAUAAAAUGGAAACAUUUGUGGAUUUUAUUUGUGGCACUGAUUGAAUGAAGAUGAGAUCCAUACAAACACAUCAAGAAGUAGAAAACCACGAGGUAAAUGUCAGUUAACAUGCAGGAACUUAUUCUGUUAUGUAGUUAUCGGCUUUAUCUCUUUCUCUAGUGUUAGUUGUAUUGACUAUGUAUGAUGUAUACAUACAUUCCACAAGUUAUUAUAACUCCUCUCUAUAACUAUUUUUGAUACAGAGAAGUGAUUUAUAUUGUAUGUCAUGAGUAAACAAAUUGUCUGAGAGUCUUGUAAUGAAAUAGCUUUUGUUAACAUUGGGUGAGAGUGGACAAAAGUAGGCAAGUAGAGUAGUGAAACUUAUUUUGGUUUUGAAAUUGAAAACUAGUCUAAACAAGUUGCCUCAAUGAAAUAAAUCUUUGAUGUAACUGUAGGUAACAUAUUAUGUAACACAUUUGUGCCAUUCUGUGUUUACUUAAAUUGUUAGUUUGAAUCUCUUGCAUCAGCUGACCCUGUGAUUACGACCUUAAAAUUGGUCUUUUAGAGUGGUGGUCGCCUUAAAGGGAACUAUCACACUAUUAAACUGUACUCACUACUGCUGCUACGACUACUAUGAUAGACAUUGUAACACCGUUCUGGUUUCAAAUAAAAACUUUAUUGUACUGCAUCAUUAAAUUACUUUGAUCAACUGUAUUCAUUAAUUAAUAUGAAUAUAAAAACUAAUAGUAUAGUGUACUAAAAGAUUUGUUCUUCUUCAGAUAAUAUGUUAUUGACAUAAAGUGAUCUCCUGAUUAUCAUAAUCCAGGGGGUAUUAUUUUGCUUCUGUGAAAUUAUCUUUGAAUUUUAUAUCGCAAUAGUUUCUCUAUAUUUCCUGGGAGAUCUCUCCUUUGGAGUUAUCGUGAAAACUCUUGCACCUCAUCAUUGUUGCUUAUCUGAAAGACUCCGAAAUGGCUUGACUCAGAGUUAUUUCCAAACUUUCAGGUUUAUUAUUUCAGUACAAGGUUUUCUGUUCAUCUUAAAGAGAAUGCAAUGUUACAUAGUGACAAAAAAUUGAGGUCUUUGGUUGGAAAGAGGGGUAGUCAACUUUAAAGGGGUAAAAAUGCAUUGGUCUUAUGGAAUAAGUAUUCCGUGCCAUAGAAAACUGGUCACAAAAAGGGGUGGUCUUGAGGAGAGGUUUCAGUAUGUAUUUAAUAUAAUGAUGCAUCAUCAGAGCAUUAGUUUCUCAGAGCUUAAAAUAAAUAUUGUAUAACGUAAGAAAAUUGUGAAAAUCUACUCUCAUUAGAGUUAAAUUCAUUCCAUGAUCAAUUUUACUUCUUACUCGUAGUCUUAAAAAAAAUGGUGCAAGAUAUAAAUUAGAAUUUCUUUCCUUUCUUUCUUUCCUUUCUUUCUUUCCUUUCUUUUCUUUC